AUGGCUGAAACGUGGGUUGAUGUUCUUGAUGAUGACGACAUUGAAGACUGCUUCUGCAUCGGUUAUGUCCAUGACCUUGAAGAAGAAGACGGCUACUGCGUCGUUGAUCUUCAUGACCUUGAAGAAGAAGACGGCUACUGCGUCGUUGAUCUUCAUGACCUAGAAGAAGAAGACGGCUCUUCCGUUGAAGAAGAAGACGACGGCUACUGCGUCGUUGAUCUUCAUGACCUUGAAGAAGAAGACGGCUACUGCGUCGUUGAUCUUCAAGAAGACGGCUCUUCCGUUGAAGAAGAAGACGACGGCUUCUGCGUUGAUGAUCUUGAAGACUUUGAUGUUGAAGACGACGGCUUCUGCGUUGUUGAUCUUGAAGACGUUGAUGUUGAAGAUGACGGCAACCGCGUUAUAUGGGGGGAGCAAUAUGAUCAUUACCCGCAACUCACAUCCUUUUUGGAAGUUGAUAACUCCUUCCUUUCGCCGUGGCAUUGGAACCCCGACGACGACGAUGAUUAUGAAGAAGAUGAUGAUGAUGAUGAGGUUAUGGGUCAAGAACGCAUGAAUUUUGAACCCGGUUCAUUCUUCAGUCAUUGA